AUGCUUAAAGAAGACUAUGGUUACCCAGAUACUAUUGACUUUAGUGACAGAUAUAAAGAAGCUAUUCGAAAGUUCAAGGAUGGAAAUACUGACCCGAACCUAUUUAGCUUUAUGGCUCUGCACCAAAGGGGAUAUAAUCUCAAACCUGGAAAAUACAAGCUCGCUAAGGGAUAUGAUUUAAUAGCAUAUCAUCCAAAUGACAUGAACGAAUUUACUCCGAGAUAUUUGAUGUCAGAGCUAAAUGACAGUUAG